AUGACCGAACGACCAAAAACCGUUCGGAAACUACUACUGGAAAUAGUUGAUGCACGUGAUCUUCUCCCCAAAGACGGUCAGGGAAGCUCCAGUGCCUAUGUCAUUGUAGACUUUGACGGUCAAAGAAAACGAACCUCCACAAAGUACCGAGACCUCAAUCCAGUAUGGAAAGAGACGUUCGAGUUCAUCGUUUCCGACCCAAACAACAUGGAGUUCGAGGAGCUUGAAAUCGAGGUUUUUAACGACAAGAAAUUCGGCAAUGGUAGUGGCCGUAAAAACCAUUUCUUGGGCAGGGUAAAAGUGUACGGCUCGCAGUUUUCUAGAAGAGGUGAAGAAGGGAUUUUAGUUGAAGACGAUCAUCAACAACCUCCACCUCCGCCAGAGAAGGAUCCAGCUCCGCCGCAACAAGAGCCACAAAAAGCCCCGGCGGUUAUCAUGGUUGAUGAAGGCGGGGUUUUUGAAGUCCCUGCACAUGCAGAGAUUAAUUACCACGAUUAUCACCUCCACCAACAACACCACCAUCAUCAGAAUGGGACUCACUCACCUCCAGUUGUGGUUAUCGGGGAGUCUCCACCGCCAGUUGUGCAUGUACACUCAGAACCACAAUCACAAGUACCUCUUCCAGAGGAGCCGCCACCGAGCCAUUGUGCUCCUCCUCUACAUUCUAUUGAAACACACACACAGUACCAUCCAGAGGUGAGGAGGAUGCAGACUACGAGAGUCGUGUCCAGUGUUGAUAACAGAGUGAAGACCUUGAGGAGGCCACAUGGAGAUUUCUCUCCGAAAGUAAUUUCCGGUAGAUUCAAAUCUGAACCAACGGAGAGGAUCCAUCCUUAUGAUCUUGUUGAACCAAUGCAGUAUUUGUUUAUCAGAAUUGUCAAGGCUCGUGGUUUAUCGCAAAGCGAGAGUCCUUAUGUCGAGGUAAGGACCUCAACUCAUUUUGUGAGGUCUAAAGCAGCGUGUUACCGACCUGGUGACUCACCAGACUCGCCUGAGUGGCACCAGGUUUUUGCAUUGGGUCAUAAUAGCAAGACUGACGGACAGUCCGCCAAUGCUGGCAUUUUAGAGAUCUCAGUUUGGGACUCACAGUCAGAGCAUUUUCUCGGCGGUGUUUGCAUCGAUCUCUCUGAUGUUCCAGUGAGGGAUCCGCCGGACAGUCCGCUUGCUCCUCGGUGGUGGCGAUUGGAGGCUGGCGCCGCGGCUGAUCAGAUCUCCGGUAGGGUCUCGGGUGAUAUCCAGCUCUCUGUUUGGAUUGGGACUCAAGCUGAUGAUGCGUUUCCUGAAGCGUGGUGUUCAGACGCACCCUACGUCGCUCACACGCGCUCGAAGGUGUACCAGUCCCCAAAGUUGUGGUAUUUGAGAGUGACAGUUAUUGAAGCUCAGGAUCUUCACAUUGCAUCCAAUCUGGCGCCGUUAACAACACCGGAGAUCAGAGUGAAAGCACAAUUGGGAUUCCAAUCAGCCAGAACCAGGCGAGGGUCCAUGAGCAACCAUAGUGCGUCGUUCCAAUGGAUCGAGGACCUUGUUUUCGUCGCCGGCGAGCCACUGGAAGAGUCGUUGUUGCUUUUAGUGGAGGACCGUUCGAACAAGGAAGCGGUGCUAGGGCACAUCAUAAUUCCUGUGAGCUCAAUUGAACAACGGUACGAUGAGCGCCAAGUGGCAGCAAAAUGGUUCGCGUUGGAAGGAGGUGGGGACACUGGGGGAGGUGGUGGUGCUAAUGGCGGGUCCUACCGAGGGAGAAUCCAUAUACGUCUCUGUUUGGAGGGAGGGUAUCACGUGCUGGAUGAAGCGGCGCACGUAUGCAGUGAUUUUAGACCCACCGCUAAGCAUCUAUGGAAGCCAGCUAUUGGGGUUUUGGAGUUGGGGAUCUUAGGAGCUCGUGGGCUGCUGCCCAUGAAAACCAAAGUUGGAGGCAAAGGUUCGACCGAUGCUUAUUGUGUGGCUAAAUAUGGCAAAAAAUGGGUCCGGACAAGAACAAUCACGGAUAGCUUUGAUCCUCGUUGGAACGAACAGUAUACCUGGCAGGUUUAUGAUCCUUGCACUGUUCUCACCAUUGGGGUAUUUGACAAUUGGCAUAUGUUUGGUGACUUGUCUGAUGAUAAACCUGAUUGCCGUAUAGGGAAAGUACGUAUAAGAGUAUCUACAUUGGAGAGCAACAAGGUGUACACGAAUUCGUAUCCUUUGUUGGUUUUAUUGAGAACCGGGUUGAAGAAAAUGGGUGAGAUUGAAUUAGCGGUUCGGUUUGCUUGCCCGAGUUUGUUACCGGAUACUUGUGCGGCUUAUGGGCAACCAUUGCUUCCUAAAAUGCACUAUCUCCGCCCACUUGGAGUGGCUCAACAAGAGGCAUUGCGUGGUGCAGCCACAAAAAUGGUUUCGUUGUGGCUUGCGCGGUCUGAGCCACCAUUGGGACCGGAGGUGGUUGGGUAUAUGUUGGAUGCAGAUUCUCAUGCAUGGAGCAUGAGAAAGAGUAAAGCUAAUUGGUUUCGAAUUGUAGCGGUUCUUGCAUGGGCUGUGGGGUUGGCUAAAUGGUUGGAUGACAUUCGAAGAUGGAAAAAUCGGGUUACGACUAUAUUGGUCCAUAUUUUAUAUUUGGUGCUUGUUUGGUAUCCGGAUUUGAUUGUCCCAACCGGGUUCUUAUAUGUGUUUUUGAUUGGUGUUUGGUACUACAGGUUCCGGCCUAUGAUACCAGCGGGUAUGGAUAUUCGUUUAUCACAAGCGGAAACAGUCGACCCGGAUGAAUUAGACGAGGAAUUCGAUACAAUACCAAGUAUGAAACCACCCGAUAUUAUAAGGGCCCGUUAUGACAGGUUAAGGAUGUUGGCAGCCCGGGUCCAAACGGUUUUGGGUGAUUUUGCGACCCAAGGGGAGCGGGUUCAAGCUUUGGUGAGCUGGAGAGACCCAAGAGCCACAAAGUUGUUCAUAGGGGUGUGUUUGGCUAUAACAUUGAUACUUUACGUGGUUCCACCAAAAAUGGUUGCUGUGACCUUAGGAUUCUAUUAUUUACGACACCCUAUGUUUAGGGACCCAAUGCCACCGGUUAGCUUGAACUUUUUCCGGCGGCUUCCAAGCUUAUCAGAUCGAUUAAU